AUGGCCGAUCUGGCCUGGUUCUGGUGCGCCGCCGCCUGCGUGAAGGUCCUUCUGGCCCCCGCCUACCGCAGCACGGACUUUGAGGUGCACCGCCACUGGCUCGCCCUCACCUCCUCCCUCCCCAUAUCUCAGUGGUACGUCGACGCCUCCAGCCCCUGGACCCUCGACUACCCGCCUCUCUUCGCCUACUUCGAGUUCCUCCUCUCGAUUCCCGCUGCAAUUGUCGAUCCGGCUAUCGUCGACAUCCGAAAUCUCGGCUACGAGGCCGAAUCAGUCGUCCUCUUCCAGCGUCUUUCCGUCGUCUUCGCGGAUCUGUCGCUCCUCGUCGGCGCCGGUCUGAUUGCCCGGAGAUUGUCCGGCGGCAAGAGGAGGCUCGUCUACGCGUUGAUUCUCUGGUCGCCUGCGCUCAUCAUCGUGGACCACGUCCACUUCCAGUAUAACGGCCUCCUACUGGGAGUUCUGCUACUGUCGCUUGCAUUGCUCACAGAGGGGAGGGAUCUCGAAGGAGGCCUCGCCUUCGCUGUAUUGAUAUGCUCCAAGCACCUCUUCGCCGUUGCGGCACCAGUGUACUUUGUUUAUUUACUGAGGCAUUACUGCAGUGGACGCGGCAUCUGGAGAGAUCUAGGGAGGUUCCUGAAAAUGGGGGCGGUCGUCGGUGUGGUGGCAGCAGUGUCUUUCGGGCCUUUUCUGUACCAUGGGCAGGUAAUGAGAGAGCGCUUUUCCCCCUCUGCGUCAUUUUUUUUAUCAUUCAUUUUGGCUGAUUUUAACUAAAUUGUUAUCACAACAUGUGGCAUCUUCAUUGUGGGAUUAGAUGUAUUAAGAUACUGUACAGUUAUUCCUUCAGUUUUAUUUAUCUUACUUUCGCAAAGACUUCAAAUGGGGAAAAUUUAUGUUCUAGUUUUCUUACAACGUCUAAUAUUCUUUGCCUCCCCCACCAGAAAUGGAUAUAACUCAAGGGGCCACCACCAUUUGCGUCGUUUUAAGUUUCAUUUCAGUCCUGGGGAUACAUACCUACAGACCCUUAACUGGUGGCCAAGAGAAUAUACGUUUAGGAUCCUCGAUGAUAGCUUUGUGAGCAGAAUGGGGUCAACGUAGAAAUCUUGUGAACAAUAUGGAACUACAUGGGGUUUGGAAACCUUAAAUCACUUCUUCUUCAACUGUUAGCAUGGCAGGGGAGGGCUGAAACCGUGUAUGGAUGACAAUACAUUGCUUAACCAUCUGUAGCUUUUCUCCUCCAAAUGCAAGACUUUAUCCAAUGCUGAUAGCCUGGACUGACACUUCACAAUACCCAAGGAAGCUUUUGGCAACUUACAUUGGUUGAUAUUUUUUGGUGCAUGUGUCAUCCUGUUUUAGGGCUGAACCACUAUAGAUCCUAAGUACUCACAGCUCAACGUUGGUUAUUUUUUCUGUCAUGAUGACAUGGAUUUUUUAAUUAUUGUUUCCUCGAGAAGUGUGUGUGCAAGCCUAUUUUUAUUCUCUUUUCCGGCUAAAUACUAAGAUUUUCUUGUACUUAGACCUAAAAACUCUUCCUUCUUGUUCCCAAUAUCUCUGGGGAGAUUCGUCGUUCUCCACUGUGGUACAACCUUGGGAGUUUUUUUUUUCCCUUCAUUUUUCUAGAUUUUCAGACUCUCACAUUACCUUGACCUCCUUACAUGUAUGAUAAAUCAGAAAAAAUUGAGGCACAAUCAUUCUAUUCUUUAUAGAAAUACGCAGAGAAGUUCCUGCAUAAUCUCACGAAAGUCUUGCUUCCUAGGCUAUCAUUCUCUGGUGUUUCAAAGAUCAAUAAGCGCUCACCAAAGUUGGUGGAUUGUAUUCAUCUCUCCUAAGACAUUCAAUCAAUUUUUUGACUGUGCAGGUCAUCUCCCCACACCACUUUGCUAUAGUUUAUAAUUACUCAAGUGAAGAUUGAGUUUUAUCUCUGUCCUUCCAUGUCUCAUGAGAGCAUACAUACUACGAGCUACUGCUCUUUAAUGUUGAUAUCUUACAUUUUUUUCCAGUAUGGCAAUAAUAGUAAUAAACAAUAAUUCAUGUGGCAAAGAUAUGCACGCUGUCUUCUUAGUACGUGGCGAUGCUUUUGCAGAUGAAACAGGUCUUCUAUCGUUUGUUUCCAUUUGGCAGGGGGCUGUGCCACGCAUACUGGGCGCCCAAUUUCUGGGUCUUUUAUAUUAUUCUCGAUAAAUUCAUGGCCUUCUUCCUUAGAAAGUUGGGGUACCCUGUUGAGAUUCCUUCAGCCUCUUUCACAGGCGGAUUGGUCGGUUCUUCCUCACCCUUCGCCGUUCUCCCGCAGGUUUCCUUCACUCGUUUCAUUUCUAUAAAAAGAAAUUAUUCUUCGGAUAAAAAAAAAUUCUGUCAUCCUCUAAUAUUUCCUUAAAUGAUAGGUUACGCCAGCUGUAAGCCUGGUGCUUGUCAUCGUCGGAAUGUCCCCGUGUCUUGUCAGGGUAUGGAAGAAGCCUGAGCCAAGGCACGUGGUGAGAUGGGUGUCUUACGCUUACACGUGCGGGUUCAUAUUCGGCUGGCACGUGCACGAGAAAGCGUCGCUUCAUUUCGUCAUCCCUCUGGCGGUUAUUGCAGCCGACAGCUUGGAAGAUGCGGGGCAUUAUUUCUUGUUGGCAACAGGUGAGUAAGUUUAUAUGAUUUUUUCGUUCUUAUUUAUAUUGUUAAAUUCUGUUCGGAAAAUGAUUUUUCUUGCAAGGUCGCGAGUAGAAAAUAAUCAAAAAUUUCUUGCUACAUAGACCAUUACGACCAAUGAAACCUCCUCUCUUCCUCCCUCUCUCUCCCCAUUUUGUCUCUUUGUCGAAACAUAGAAGCUGGGUUUGACUAUUUGGCGUCUGUUUCUUUAAACUCUGUUCGAAGAGAGCGAAACUUUUUGGCGCUUCUCUCUCUCUCUCUUUCUCUCUCUCUCUCUCUCUAUAUAUAUAUAUAUAUAUAUAUCGGCAUAAGGAAUUGGGUUCGACUUUUUGGUGUCUGUUCUUGAAAACCCAGUUCAAAGAGAGUGAAACUUCUACCGUACCUUUGUCCCCGACAACUUUCUCUACCUCUCUAUCGAUAUAUAGGAACUGGGUUUGACUUUUUGGUGUCUGUUCUUGAAACCCAGUUCGAAGAGAGGGAAACUUCUGGCGCGGAUUUGUCCCCACAACUCUCUCUCUCUCUCUCUCUCUCUCUCUCUCUCUCUCGAUCUCGAUAUAUAUAUAUAUAUAUAUAUAUAGGAACAUAGCUGGGUUGUUGACUAUCCCUCCUCUUUUCUGACGCAGCCUCCUGCUAUUCGAUGUUCCCCCUUCUGUUCGGGCCGGAAGAGUACCCUGUGAAGCUGCUGCUGCUGCUGAUACACUCGAUCAUCGUCCUGUCCAGCCUCUCCCCCUUCUUCUCCGGCAAGGUCAGCCAGGAGGACGUCCCCACCACCACCACCGCCGCCGUGGGGCCCGCCGGGAUGUGGUAUCUGGCGGGCUUCGCCGCCGUGGAGGUAUGGGGGCAGCUCCUCCACCCGCUUCUUCUAGGGGACCGGCUCCCCUUCCUACCGUUGAUGUUGGUGUCUACCUACUGCGCCUUCGGCAUGGUCUACUCCUGGACCUGGCAGCUCCGCCGGAUACUCGCCGCCGGUUAA